GGAGUGUUUAUCAUUCCCACCUAUCUCUCUCUCAAACUAUAUGUCACUCUCUCACUACUCUUUCUCUCUCUACCCGUAUGUUUUCUCUCUCUAAACAGGGAGUGACCUGGAAAUGGAUUUGAAAGGCGCUGGCACUAAAGAGCAUUGAGAGUUUCUGCAUUUCAAAAUCAAAGAUACUGAAACUCGCUCACUCUCUACCCACUGAGAGAGACUACCCAAAAUUUUCCAUUUCAGUUUUUGAAAUCCAGAGAUCAAAGCGUUAGGGUUCUGAUUCAUUGACACCGUCUUUCUCUCUCUAGAAUCUAUCAGAUCCAUCUAAGGAAUUCACGACUUGCUGUCACUCAGUCUCUCGGACCGCACUUCAAUGACCUUCUGUUGAUCAUCGCAUGCUUUGAUUGUGUGUGAUGGAUGCUGAGAAUAUCAUACCUGCUUUUGCAAAUGGGAAGGGCUAUGAAAAUGGUGUUCAUGAACAACUCCCUUCCUCUCCAGAGGAAGGUUUUGUUUUCGAGAAACUAAAUGGGGUCCUCGGUACUGGAACAGAGGCUGCAGGGCUAAGUGCAAAUACAGAAACUGUUGUCCAGUUGGAGGAAUGUGGAACCACUAACAUAUCUAGUGAAGAAGUCAUGGAAAAUUCUACUGAACAUGCAGGAAGUAAUGGUCUGGCUGUUUCUAAGGAAUCCUUAGCGGAGGAAACGGAUCUUUCAAAGUGUUCCAAACCACAAAAGGGUCAAGGAAAGAACAACGAUCAGAAGCCUUUGAGCCCCAAACAUGCUACGACAACAUGGGUGAAAAAGGGCAAAGAUGGAAAAGACGCGGAGACAAGUUCUGUUGCUUCAAAUGGGAAUUCGGCUUCUUCACGCCCGAAACAACCUUUUGCCCUAAGAACAAAUAGAUCAUUUAAUGACAGGCAGGGUGGUGGCAGCAAUUCAAAAUUAAAUCCUCCUCUGAUUAGUGCUCAUCCUUCGAAGCAAUCUAGAAAGUCUGAUGUAGCACCAUCUACCAUGAAUGUGACAAAGUCUGAAGGCCUUGCGGGCAAGACAAAAUUAAAGCCAUUGAAAAAGGGUCCCCCAAAUGAAGCUGAAGGAAGCAUACCAUCUUCUUUAAGCCCCACCAUAGGAGAUGCCAAACCCUGCAGAGUGGGUACUCUUCCGUCCUACAAUUUCAGUUUUAAGUGUAAUGAAAGAGCCGAGAAAAGAAGAGAGUUCUACUCUAAGCUCGAGGAAAAGAUUCAUGCAAAGGAGGUAGAAAAGAGUACAUUGCAAGCAAAAUCCAAGGAAAGUCAAGAAGCUGAGAUCAAAAUGUUAAGGAAGAGUUUGACCUUCAAAGCAACACCAAUGCCAACCUUCUACCAGGAACCUCCACCUCCAAAGGUGGAGUUAAAGAAGAUACCUACAACAAGGGCUAGAUCUCCCAAGCUUGGUCGAAAGAAGAGCUCACCCACCAGAGACUCUGAAGGAAACAGCAGUUGCAGUGGUCAGUCUGGUCGGUUAAGUUUGGAUGAGAAGGUGUCUCAAAACAACACCAAAGGUCCUUCCCCUGUCCAUGUUAAGAAGCCUGUACGGAAGUCCCUUCCUAAGCUGCCUUCUCAAAAGGUCAACUUAUCCAAUGAACCAAAUGGUGCUGAAUCUUGCAAGACCACAUUAUCCAAUGAAACGAAUGAAGCUGCAUCUCAUAAAACCACCCUUUCCAAUGACAAAAUAGAAGAAUCUCAUGAAACCACUGUAUCCAUUGAAUCGAGCAAAACUGCAUGUCAUAUUGAUGAGCAGGAAGCAGCUCCAAUUGUCGAGCCAAACCAAACUCGGGUUGAUACAGAUGGCGUGGCUGUCAUUGAAGACCAAGCUCAGACCACCUUGGUUCAGGAGUCCAUUGCUUCAGUGUAUUAAAUAUGGCAGCACUGGAACUGAAUGUGUAUUUACCGAGCCCUCAAUGAAUUCACUUAAAAUAUUGGAGGAGGUAUGAAUAAGAACUGGAUACUUGAUUAAAAGGCAUGAAGGAUUCCAUAUUAAGGGUUGUUAUGUUGUCUUGUUCAUAGCGUCAAGGUUUGGUCAUUCAAUGUUAUGCUUGCUUUCAAGAUUGCUGGUGGUCAUUAGGAUUCUGCAGCUCCAUUUGCAGCAUUGUAUGGUAAACCUGUCAGUUUGAUUCCCUAAUUUAUGUUUAAAUAUGCUUCAAUUGUCUGGCUAUUAAAUGAGGGAAAAUUUUGGUAAAAUUUGCACUUGGUUCAUGAUGGAACGUUGGCUUUUUAGCUUGUGAUGUGCAAUUGGGUUUGUUUUGGCUGUCAAGACUACUUUUGUGAACAAAAUGUGUAUUGUUUAUUAAUGGAGAGGCUAUGUUGUAUUUGUUAUUCAA